UAAACAUGAACUCUGGCCAUGAAAUGACUGUAUUUUGCACUUCCUGAAACAUGACAGGCCAUAGCGCUCGGUGGAAAUUAUUUAAGUUUCUCAAAGUGCUGCUGUUUAGUGUCAUAUUUUCGAUUACAGUUUUGUUCCUUGUUGCCACAGUUAGGACGUUUACAUUUGAUGUGGACGCGGGGCUUCAGUUGGGAAAAUGGGAAAAUACAACAGCCAUUUCUCUUCAUUUAAGUCCACAACAGAGAAAGAACCUGCUGGCUAAUUUCAAAGCGGCCAUUCAGAUUCCCACUGUGUCAUUUACCGAGACAAAUGUGAACACGAGCGCGCUGCGUGAGUUUGACGGGCUGCUGAGGAAGGUCUUCCCAAAGAUCUUCUCAUCCAGCCUGGUCCAGCAUGAGAUGGUGGGAAACUACAGCCACCUGUUGACGGUACCAGGAAGCGAGCCUGAUCUGGAGCCGUACAUGCUGCUGGCACACAUUGAUGUAGUGCCGGCCGAUGAGGCGGAUGGGUGGGAUGCUCCUCCUUUCUCUGCUCAAGAGAUCAAUGGCUUCAUUUAUGGACGAGGAACCAUCGACAAUAAACAGUCUGUGAUGGGGAUCCUUCAGGCAUUGGAAUACCUGCUGGAACGAGGUUACACUCCUCGGAGAAGCUUCUACAUUGGCUUGGGUCACGAUGAGGAGGUGAAUGGUUUACACGGGGCAGCCAAUAUCGUGAAGCUCCUGAAGAGUCGGGGGGUGAAGCUCCAGUAUGUUUUAGAUGAAGGCCUGGCAGUGUUGGAUGGUGUCAUAAGUGGCCUGGAUGGACCUGCUGCCCUAAUAGGUAUCAGUGAGAAAGGUCAGGCCACAGUAAAGCUGAGUGUAAGCAGUGCUCCUGGACAUUCAUCCAUGCCGCCCAGAGAGAGCAGCAUUGGCAUCUUGGCGUCAGCAGUCAAAAGAUUGGAGGAAAAUCCAAUGCCCAGGCUGUUUGGUUAUGGUCCUGAGCGUGGCACGUUUGAACACCUGGCCCAUAAGUUUGGUUUGCCUCUCAGAUUCAUCAUGUCUAAUCUGUGGCUCUUCUCUCCGCUACUCAGCAGGGUGUUGGAGAGAAAACCUGACACAAAUGCAUUUGUGAGGACCACAACUGCUGUCACUAUGUUUAACUCAGGUGUAAAGAUUAACGUAAUCCCAUCAUAUGCUGAAGCAUUUGUCAAUUUCCGUAUCCACUCAGCCCAAACACUGCAGGAGGUUCUGGAGUUGGUCGAGUCAACUGUAUCAGAUGAGCGUGUGAAGGUAGAGCUGGUCAAUGGAUUCGACCCACUGCCCAUCAGCUCCUAUGAUGAGAAUACAUUCGGGUACCAGAUCAUAAAGAAAACAGUGCAGAGCAUGUUUCCUCAGCUUACGGUGGCUCCUGGUAUUUGUGUUGGCAACACUGACAGCCGUCACUACAAGGAUAUCACGCAAGAUAUAUAUCGCUUUGCUCCGUCAUGGUUCAAACCAGGUGAUCCUCAGAGAUUUCACGGUGUGAACGAGAGAAUCUCCAUUCAGAACUAUGAAGAGAUUGUGCUGUUCUACUUCCAGCUCAUCCAGAAUAAUGACGUCAGGAAGUUGCCGCCACCUCACAGUAGCCAGCAUGAGCUGUAAAUGGUGGGAUGUUACUUACACUGAUCUCAAGACACUUAAGUUUUAGAAACUAAGCUCAGGGAGCUUUGUUUUAGCAGAUAAGAAUUGUGAAUAAGAAAAAUGUGAAUAAAAUUAAUGUAGGUUUAGAAAAACCACAAUGAAGAACUGAAGGUUGUGAAAGAUUUAAUUCAUAAAGAUUCUUUCUUGCAUUUGAUACCGAACAGUUAAAACACAGUGUAAUCUGUUGGUUGUCAGGUGUGGACAGCAGGACAUGGGCAUCCAUUCAUGCAUUUGGCAGAUACUUUUAUCCAAAGUGACUUAAGAUAUACAGUACAUAUACAAUCUUAAUGUCAUAUUACAUACAUAUUUGUAUGUAUUUCUGUUUAAACUGUAUUAUCACCCUGACUUCUAAGUAAUGUUUUUUGCCAGUUAGUUCAUCCAAAUUACUGUAAGUUUGUUGGCUGAAUGACAAAUGCAAAACAUAAGCAAUCCUGACCAUGACCAAAAACACCCUGAAGCAUUGCCGGACACAACUACACUUCAGCUGAGCUCCUUCAAAAAAUUUAGCUAUGCGAAUAAAUAAGACAAAAUGGGCAUUGUGAUGUUUGAAAGUGUGAGUGGGUACAGAUGACAUGAUUGAAUUAGUUAACUCUGGUUUAGUCUGCUUCAAAAUGCACAGUUAAUAUUUUUACUUUGAUGUUUUGAACUAACUUUCUGAGCGAUUAAUCUUGAACAGCCUGAGCUCUAUUAUCUGUAUCUUACCUUUAUAGUGUUUUCAUUGAUUCAGAUUUUAUUAAGGUUUAAGUUAGCACUGUGUUACAUUUUCAAAGCUUGCAUGAUGAGCCAAUAGAUUAGCGUUAGACUGAAGUUAUUUAUUAUGACUGAUUAUGUCUGGCUCUAUAAACAUUUACCUCUGCAUAUCCCCUUUACACGGCUCUCUGGAAUACCUGAUUCUGAUUGGUCAGUCAUGGCAUCCAGCUGUCUGAUAUUUCCUAAUAUAUAGCUUUGUCAUGGCAUCACGGUGACUGAAACCAGUAAUACUUUCAUAUCUCAUACAUUAAACUCGCCCUGUCUCGUUUCAUACAA